AAUCGGUACACUUGACACAAUGGAGUUCAAGGUCACCAUCAAAUGAAGCAUGGAACAUUUCAUCGAGGGUUGAAAAUUUGUCAUUUAUACGAAGAUGAAUGUUGGAGAAUGUAUAUUUCUGUUGUCUAUUUCAUAUACGUGUUCAUUACAGCUUCAUUCUUCAAUACCAGUCAUAACACGUGGUCUAGUCCAAAUUGAAGUUUCAUCGAAUCACUACAGACAUAAGCGAAACAUUGACUUGCCUGACAGGUUGCAUAUCACCAUACAGAAUGAUGAUUUUCACCAAUCAUUUGAAGUAGAAAGACAUGACAAUGAAGAUCAAAAUAUUCCACUGUAUGUCAAUGGACAUCUUUACAAAAACUACCGUAAUCCAAAGGUACUGACCGAGUUUUAUCAAUGCGUUACCAAAGAAUGUCUUUUUCAAGCAGAGAGGUUAAUACGGUUGAACAGCACAGCUGUGAUUGAAAACUAUUUGCUGUUUGGAACAUUCCAUAUAGAUGGACAGUUACAUAUUCUUGAGCCAUCUUCAAAUGGAGAUCAUUCAAUCAUUAUUCCAGAAGUUCAGUUAUUUGAUUGGAAUAUACCAAUUUCAGCUAAUUAUACAGAAAAUAAAGUGACACAGAACAAUGCGAGUAGGAAAAAGAGAGCAACAGGGAACUACCAGAUAGAACUACUGAUGGUGGUAGAUUAUAGUGCAUAUCAAUUUUGGCUGUCUGAGAAAAACAACGAUGUAAAUGCAGCAUUGGAUGCAAUAAGACAAUUUUACGCAUACAUGAUGAAGGGGAUUGAUCUUCGAUAUAAGAAUAUUCCAGGCGUUUCCUUCACAAUGGACAUUAAAACUGCAGGACUCCAUAUUUUACAGGAUGCUGCUUAUGCUCCAUUCACCGAGAACAACACGGAAUGCCAGUCGUCAUCUCGAUGUUUAUUAGAUUCCGGCAUAACGCUAGCGGCCUUUAAGGACUGGAUUCAUACAACAGGACAAGGAAUACCUCCACAUGAUCAUGCGAUGCUUUUUACUAGACAUGACAUUACUUUGCUGAACAGCAGUAACGCUACAGGCUAUGCUUAUCUUGGAGCAAUGUGUACAGAUCAAAGUGUUUCUAUAGUAGAGGAAGAUUUCAACUUUAUAUCACAAACAAUUGCUGCUCAUGAGCUAGCACAUAGUUUACGUGCAGUCCAUGAUGAGCUUGAUAAUACUUGUCUGUUAGCAAGUCAUAACAUUAUGGCUGCUGUCAGUCAAGCCAUCAGCGGAUCCACGUCGACCAAUCCAUGGAAAUUUUCAUCUUGUAGCGGACAAGAAAUAGAUACCCGAAUAAAUGAGAUUGAAAGUUCUGGCAACAACUGUUUAUUGACAAAAGUUUCCAACAAUCAUAACAGUCUGAAUUCAUAUUUAACGCAGUCGAUUGGCCAAUCAUAUACUGCUGAUCAGCAAUGUCAAAUGGCAUUUGGUGACUCAUCUUUUGUUUGCAGGUUACCAUAUGUAAAUGCUGGUAGUUUUCAAACCGCAUGUACAGGUUUGUGGUGUGUGAAUCCAAAUUUAGCAAAUCAGUGUUCCUUGAUUUUACCAGCUGAGCGGACGUCUUGCGGAAAUGGAAAGUGGUGUGAAGGCUAUCAGUGUGUCACUUCGUCAAAUGCCCCCGCACUGACAGAAAAUUGUGUAUUUGUUGAUCAGACAGGUGUACUUGUUCUGCAGCAAACUUGUGCCUCUCUUAUCCUCCAGCAAUCAUACAGGUGCUAUAACCCAACUAUUUAUCCACAAUGCUGUAAAUCCUGUUACAAUAUUGCUACAGGUGUAUCAGGUUGUGAAUUUGGUGAUAAAUCUGACUGUUCAGCCAUUACGAGUUAUGGCUGUUAUACUGGUAAUAAUGGAGAAAACUGCUGUAAUACGUGUUCUCCGUAUAUCACAAAUAUCCCAGAUUGUAAAUAUGGUGAUCGUUCAGACUGUUCUAAUAUAACAGCUGGCUCCCAGUGCUAUGGUAAUAAUGGAAACAUAUGCUGCCAAACCUGCACACAGUACACAACCACAAUAUCAGAUUGUGAGUAUGGCGAUAAGGCAAACAACUGUUAUGUUAAUUCCUGUACGACAUAUAGUGACACUGACCGAAACUUGUGUUGUUACACGUGCAACGGGAUAACUCCAUCUUCCUCAACACCAAGCCCAAUCGACACAACGACAAAUAAAACGACAGAACUACCAGUAUGGGUAAUUCCGGUUGCCAUUUCUGUGGGCUGCCUGCUUUUGCUAAUUGUAAUAAUUGUUAUUGUAUGCUGUAUACGAAUGUCUAGACGAUCUCAUAGUGAACCAUUAAAGGCACCUCUCGAUCAUGUAGUACCUCAUGACAAGAUAAGGUAUCAAAAUAACAAUGCCUUACAAGGUGGACCAAGUAAACAUCAGUCGCAACUAAGGAAACAGUCAUCAAAGGGAGAUAUUCGUCCACCCCCAGUAAAGCGACAGGUCUCUAAUGGUGCUUUUAAAACACAACCGUUGGCACGACCUACUUCUAAAGAUGAAUUUCCAUCAUCCCAAAGCAAUCGCGGAUUCAGCAGACCACCAACGGGGCGUCACGUUUCUAGGAGCAAUAUUUUACUGCCACAAAGAUCAAACCGAGGUAACGAGUACUAUUCAAACAGUGGUUACAACAGAUAUUAAUCAAUUACAAAAAAAGACUCUAUUCCAAUUCAGAACUGAUCUUAAUAGAAUAUAGAAUUUUGGAACAAUGAUUAAAUAUUUGAACAGAUAUACACGUGUACCAUGUUACUGUCCAAUGAUAGUAAUUCAUUAUAUAGGAUUAUACUAAGUUGUCUAAAUGAUCGUUUUUAAUGUGUGCUUCAGUGAUAUAACACCACAAUCAUAAUAGCGAUAUCUAAUAAUUCUGAUGUGCUUUAAAUCAUUAUUCCUAAGCAAUUAUUUUUAUAAAAAUAAGAUAACGACUUCAGUAUGUUUCUGAAAUUUGGUUCUGUACUAAGACAAAAAUAUCACAGUUGUUUUCCAUUCGUUCCGUUUUUUGAUAAAGAAUAACUUCUGAUUAUGUCCGUGUAAUGGACUUCUCCUUUUCGAAUUUGAAAAGCAUGAAAAAAAGAAAACUUAAGAAAACAAUUACAAUCCAGAUAGAUUUAUGGUACACAACAUACAAAAUCAACAUUUAAUUUUGUAAAGUUUGCAACUGGAAAGGAAAAGGUUUUAGCCUAAGAAAUAAAAAUUUUGAGGACUAUUUCGAAUUUGCACAUCAUGUUUAGAUAUGCAUAAAAUUAAGAAAUAUACAUUAAUUAUAGAAACUGUUUGAUGUUAUGAUAUGAUUUAUGAUAUUACGUCAAAAUAUUUUAUUGUUUUAAUGAAGAAACUACAAAAUUUAUGCAGUUUACCAUCGUUAUUUCUAUUGUGGAAACAUCGUGCGCAGUAAAGAAACAACAAAGCUUUUUUAUACUUAUUGACAAAAUCUCACUGAAAAUAAAGUUGUUUCUUGGUUGAGCACAUACUUUCCCAAACUAAUAUAUACUCAAAAGUUGAUGUAAAGCAAGGAAAAUCAAGAAAUUUUACAAGAUAUUCACAUUUUGUCAUGGUUUGUUGCUUUGAUUUCUCGUUUAACCUGAAAUAUGUUUUUAUUUUCUGAACACCUUGUAUUUUUAUGUAGUUAUGACAAAUUUAAGAAUAUGUAUGGUAACUUAUCAAUUUGCACUAAUUUGUGGGCCAAAUAAUUGCCUUAUUGCCCCUACUCCUUUUAAACAAACAGGCCGUUAGUUUUCUCGUUUGAAUUGUUUUACAUUUGUCAUUUCGGGGUUUUUUAUAGCUAACUAUUCGGUAUGGGUUUUGCUCAUUGUUGAAGGCCGUACGGUGACCUAUAGUUGUUAAUUUCUGUGUCAUUUGGUCUCUUGUGGAGAGUUUUCUCGUUGGCAAUUAUACCACAUCUUCCUAUUUUAUAUGAAUGCUACAUUGCGUUGUAUUGAGUAUUCUACAUACUUACUAAGAAUGACAAUCAAAGAAAACAGAAAAUCCUGUAAUAAUUUGAUUAAUAUAGGACGUCCAUUCUUUCAAGUUUUGGCCAUAACGUCAAUAAGACACGUUUUACACCACUUAUUUAUUAGUUCGUGCAGACUGUUGCGAUAAAGGGGAUACGAUACGGUAAAGAUUCACUGAAAUAUUUUGUUGAUGAUUGACACAAAAGAUGUAUACCAUUCGAAUAUCCAAAAGAAAGAAAGAAGGAACUAACUUACUUCAAUGACCUACUUUUUAAAAUAUGUCAGUUUCUUUUGGGCUUUUUUUUAGAAAAAAAGAAAUAAAUAUUGACUUGUAAUAUUCACGAAAACAUAACUUUUCAAUGUUGCCUGGUUUUUCCCGCUCGUUUUAAAAGCCAAUAAGGAUUAUUUCUCCCGGAUUUAUAACAUAUUUUUAGUUUCUAAUAUCAACAGCUCCCUCUCACUGUAUCGUAUGUCCUUAAAGGUAAUUUGAUUAUUUGUAGCAAAAUAGUUAUGAUGUUUAAGGACUGUCCGAAUUGCUUGGAAUGUGUGUUUACUACCGAAAUGUUGACAAUCAAACUCAAUACAACUAUAUAAGUCUAAAACGACUUACUAUAUGCUUUGCAUUUUACAUAUUUUUAAUUGUUUAACAGAAAAUAACAUUUAACUCUAUGAAUUAAGUGUUAUUUAAAACUUUGAACUUUUGUAUAAAAAUUGUUCAAUACGCUCAUGUUAAGUGAAAACAUUAUUUUCAAACAAAGUAAUAGAACAUAAAUAAACAAUCAAUAUACUGUUUACUACAUAUUUGCUGGUAUUUUUGGCAUCGUUUCUUGCUUCAUUGUGUAUAUUUUAUUAAUAAAAGUUGUUAUAUUUUUACAUUUUGGAUGCUUUUAAAAGUCUUUUUAUGAACAUGAUGGAUAAAAAGAUAUGUUGUAUACAAUGUAUAUAUCACUAAGGACAUGUUCACAUUGAGCUAAACUCGGUAUGGUAUUAGUGUUCUCAACACGUAAACUAACUCUACUACGUUCCCAUUAAUACAAAUCAAUGUUUACAUGUUGUUUAAAUCACAGUCGAGUGAAUUUUAUUAUGAAUAUUUAAGGAACAAACCUCUUUUGAAUAAACAUGAUCUUUUUUAUAUUA